UUUUUAUACUGUAAUUUUAGUUUUUAUUGGUUUCUAUUUUAAAACAAACAAUAUUCUGUAAUUAACAUUUAGCAAAGAUUUUCCAAACCAGAUUUUGAAACCUUUGUAGAUCACUAAUUUCAUGCACAGAUGUAGUGUAAUUACUUGAGAAGCAAUAAAAAAUAAUUACAUAUCUUAGUAAUGAGUUCGAAAAGGGGUAAACGUAACAUAGGGAAUAAGCAUUUUCCUAUAGCUGAAUCUGUCAGCAUAGCAUUAAAAAUACAAUUGGAUAAGUUUCUUAGUGAUGAGAAUGAGACCGAACUUAAAUUUCCGUCUUUUUUGUCUGCCCAAGAAAGAGGCUUCAUUCAUGAGACCGUCGCAAAAUUAGGUCUCAAAUCAAAGUCACGCGGGAAAGGUGUCAACCGCUACAUAACAAUAUAUAAAAGAAUUGGUUCAACAAUAAUACAAAAUGAUGCCAAAUUGAUUUUAGACUCUAAUAUGAGAUGUAGUAUCACUGAGUUGUUUAAUGCAUUUCCUAUCACAAGUAAGGAAAAGGAAGAUCUUAGUUGCUGUCCAGAGAAGGAGCGGAGUCCACAAUUAGCUCAUAAAAGUAUGGGACAAUUGAAUAAUGGUGUUGCUCAAGUUCCAAGCACAUCUUAUAAUCCUGACUUGAUUAAAUUUAGAGAAAAAUUACCAGUUUAUGAACAGAGACAUGAGCUAAUAAAUGCAAUUAACUCUAAUCAGGUGAUAAUUGUUGCGGGAGCCACAGGAUGUGGCAAAACAACCCAACUACCACAGCUAGUGUUGGAGCACUGUCAGGAGAUGAAGCAGCCUGUCAGGAUUUACUGCACACAGCCCAGACGCAUAUCAGCUGUUUCUGUUGCUGAGCGGGUGGCUUACGAGCGUAUGGAGAAGAUAGGACAAUCUAUUGGUUACCAAAUUCGUCUUGAGUCUCGCGUAAGCCCGCGUACGGUGUUGCAUUAUUGCACUAAUGGCGUCUUGCUUAGGACUUUGAUGGCGGGUGAUGAAGCCCUUACUGGGGUGACGCACGUAUUCGUAGACGAGGUUCACGAGCGAGAUAAGUUUAGUGACUUUCUGCUCAUCGCAUUACGAGACGCUUUGCGCACUAAAGAUUUAAAAGUCAUUCUCAUGUCUGCAACUAUGGACACCCAGAUAUUCUCCAGGUAUUUUAAUGGAUGUCCAGUGAUAAGUAUACCUGGGCGUUUACACGACGUUCAAAGACAUUAUUUAGAAGAUGUCUUAAAGUUGACCAAAUACACCAACAAGAAGAUGUCACAACUAGAACGUGAGCUUAGAGGGAAGCUUAAAACUGGACAAAGUUACUGGUCGCAUCUUGAGGGACAAAAGCAAAGUGAUGUAGUAGAAGAGAGUGGUAGUAAAGAGGAAAAAGAGAACCUUGAUCCAGCAAUGCAAGCUGAUAUGGAUGAAUUUUUAGAUGAGUGCUUCAAUGAGGGUAGUUUGGACUCGUUCAGCCAAGUGCUGUACAUGAUUCUAUCAGAAGGUGUGAGCGUAGAUGCGCGCCACUCCGUCUGUGGAAGGACGGCUCUUCACGCUGCCGCUGCAAGGGGUCUGACUCAAACUGCGCAGCAGAUAUUGAGGCUCGGUGCUGACCCAACAUUAAAAGAUAAAAAUGGUAAAACUGCCUAUGACUACGCUGUAGAUGGCGGCCACCCAGAAUGUGCCAAAGCCCUCGUCAGUUUUAACCAAAUCGAGGAACCCAAAUCCAACGAACAAGAAGAGUCGGCGGCGGACAACUUCCUUUUAGAUGUCUACCAUCACUCCUUCUCAGAGGAGCUCAUAGACCACGAUCUUAUGUUGGCGUUAGUCAAACACAUCCACCUUAACAUGGCGAAAGGGAGCAUACUAAUCUUCCUACCGGGCUACGACGACAUCGUUACUCUGCGAGACAUGAUCCAAAGCAGCACAGAAAUGAACGCUUUAAAAUAUCAAAUAUUCACCUUGCACAGUAACAUGCAGACAUUGGACCAGAAAAAAGUCUUCAACCCGCUGCCGAAUGCGCGGAAAAUUAUUAUUUCAACAAAUAUAGCAGAAACUUCAAUUACGAUAGACGAUGUCGUGUACGUCGUGGACUCGUGUAAAGUCAAAGAAAAGUAUUAUGAAUCCAAUGGCGGUGUCUGUUCCCUACAAUGCGUGUGGACCUCCAGGGCGUGUUGCCAGCAGAGGGCCGGAAGAGCGGGACGGACCAAGCCAGGCCAUUGCUUCCACAUGUGCUCCAAACGACGCUUCAAAACUCUACCCCUCAACUCGGUACCGGAGAUUCUUAGGGUUCCUCUACAGGAGCUUUGCCUCCACACCAAACUGUUGGCGCCUGGAAAUACUCCUAUCGCGGAUUUCUUAUCGAAGGCCUUGGAGCCGCCUUCAUUUUUAGCCGUGAGGAAUGCCGUGACUCUUCUCAAGACUGUCGGUGCUCUUACUCCUAUGGAAGAUUUGACGGAAAUCGGUCAGCAUUUAUUGGAUUUGACGGUCGAGCCAAAGUUAGGGAAAAUGUUGCUCUACGCGUGCGUCAUGAAAUGUUUAGACCCUAUACUGACCAUUGUUUGCAGUUUGUCGAAUAAAGAGCCGUUCCAGAUAUCGAUGAACCCAGAAAAUAGGAAGAAGGGAAGCUUAGCGAGAAAAGAAUUCGCCGCAGACAGCUAUUCCGACCAUAUGGCGUUAUUGAGGGCAUUCCAAGCGUGGCAGUCUGCGAGGGCUAACGGCACUGAGAAGGCGUUUUGUGCCAAAAAUCUCAUUUGCGGAGCUACUAUGGAAAUGAUUGUCGGUUAUCGGUCGCAGUUACUGGCACAGUUAAGAGCACUAGGUCUUGUCAAAGCGCGAGGUUCGGGUGACAUUAAGGACGUCAACGUGAACUCUGAAAAGUGGCACGUAGUGAAAGCGGUUCUGGUUAGCGGACUGUACCCAUCCAUCGCGAGAGUAGACAGAGAUUCCUGUACGCUGAGAACUUCCAAAGAAGUCAAAGUCGCAUUUCAUCCCAGUUCCACUUUACAUAGAGGUGGCGGAGUGAGUGGUUCUCAAAAAUCAGUACAAAGUUUACCAACGGAUUGGGUAGUGUUCGAAGAAAUUUCUCGUGUGGGUAGAUUUUGUUUUAUCCGAUGCAACACGUUGGUGACUCCACUUACGGUCGCUUUGUUUAGUGGGCCUCUAAGAUUGCCCUCUGGCGCUUUGACGCAAAGAGCCAAUCCGCCAGGAUUGUCGAGCGAUUCAGAUAGCGAGGCAGACGAGAAUAACUCGUCCCCAGAUACUGCAGUUCUGACUUUAGAUGAUUGGAUGGCCUUCACAGCCGACGCAUCCGAUGCCAUAAGCGUUUAUUACUUGCGUCAGAAACUUUGUGCGCUAGUCAUUCGCCGAAUGUCCAACCCAGGGAAACCGAUGUCGCCUCUCGAUGAGCAAAUCUUGAACGCGGUCGUCCACGUCUUGGGAGCUGAAGAGAAAAACGUGGGCUUACAUCAACCCGCCGGCAUAGGCCAGCGGCCGAAACCGCUGACUGUCGAAUCGCCGAUGUGGCGGCGGGAGGACGAACAGUUUAACAGGCACGAGCAAAAAUACUACCCGCAGUACCAGAACGACUUUGCGAAUAGUUUCUAUCAGGGCUACGGUUAUAGAAAUGGCCAAAGACCUGGCUGGAGGAAUGAUGGAAUGCCACAGGGAUUCUCCUCUCAGUCGUUUAGUGGGCCAAAGAGUCCCAUGUCUCCAAACGGAAAGACCCUGCUAGCUAAUAUAGAGAAAUACUCAGAAAACGGUGAAAGUAAUUCGAGGUACUUUAUAGUAAAGGCAGACGAUUUGCACAGUGUGGAAAUGGCACAAGCGAGUGGCAGCUACCCCUUUACGCAAAACACUAUCAAGAAACUGCAAAAGGCAAAACAGGAGGGUAGUCGCGUGAUAAUGAUAUUCUCGUGUGCGGGUGCUUCGAAGAUAACAGGUGCGGCGGCCCUUGGAGAGGCAGCCUCGCCUUUAGACUGGAUCAGCAAUAACCACAUACCCUUUCAUAUGCUCCGGCACAUAACAAAUGGUUUAGCUGGCGGUGCCCGAGUAACUGGCGCUCGCGAUGGCACGGAACUCUGCUCGACAAGCGGACGCGGACUACUUGCCGCUUUGCAAAGCCGUAGGAGACACAAUCCACCGAGGCCCAUACAGAAACAACCUAACGACCAAUGAUAAAAUCUCUAAACGUCCCGUCUAGUAGUAAAUGUCUAAUAACGCCAUCUAUCAGGGGAUUUUGGAACCACGAUUCGUGAGCUGAUGUUUUUCCCAUGUUGGCGUGAAAUAUUUUCUCGAGUAACGUAAAACACAAGUUAGAUAGUGUAAAUGUGCAAUAACGCUACCAAUCGGUGUCUAAUGUAACAUUAAUGGCUAGUACAAUUAAUUUAGUUUCGUUUGACAACGAAAGAUAAGUUGUAUUAAAGGUACACUUGUAUAAUUAUUGCCGUCUUGGCCGUCAAAUUGAUUGUCUUAACGCGAACUAGCGUUAAUCUAUAUGUAUUUUGACAUAUGCGAGUGAAGACUUAGCACGUGCGAACUUUACCUUAAAUCUUCCCCAACGGCUUUAAGUGUUUCAUUAAAAGUACCAAGUAAAUAAGAUGUUGAAUAUCUAUCGGCAAUAAGUACUAUUAUCAAUUUUUAUUAUCAGUGCCAUGACAGGUUACAAUACAAAGCUUUCGUAAAUUUGACUCAAACCAGCAAUGACGUCUUCUACACCUAACUUCACUUAACAAAAGUAAAGGUUUAAAUAAUUCUAAUUUUUUCCAAAAAACGCGGGAUUUUUUUUACAUUGUUUGUUCUUAUGAUUGUCUAUUUCAAAACAUAUUGUAUUGCAUUAUAAACGUUAUUGAGAAAGAAAUGGUUUAAUUUUGCUUUGUAUUUAUGUAUACAAGUCCUAGAUAAUUAAAAACGAAUUGAAAAUUAGAUAUAAAAAAAAAUGUUGUUUUUUAAAUGGCAGCUGCAUAUUGUAAGCCUAUUGUGUACUUAUACAUAAAAUGCUCCAAUGUUUAAUAAAUAAGUUAAUGCAAGUAUAGUUAAUAAAAUUACCAUUCGUACACGGCUUUUAAUUGCGUUCAUUAGCAGCGAGAAUCUAAAAUGACAGACGAUACAGGAUUCGUUUGUAUGUGGUUCGUUAGCAGCUUGUCAUACAUGAUCUGUCUUUUCGUUGGACCAAUCACAGAGUGUCACGUAUCAUUUCGUCUCUAAUUAAACAUUCUGACAGCCUUUAUUAACCCAAACAUAGACAAUCUGUUUUUUUUUUUUUCAUUGUUCCUCUCACUUCAGAGAAAGGCUAAAAAUAUUUCUUUUAUUGCCUUUUUGGUUAUUGAAUGUCGUCACGGUUUUUUAUUUUUGCUGUAUGAAAUGUGACUUAAUUGUUAAAGUUUCAAGAAGUGCAGUGACUUUUUUAACAUUCAAUUUGUAAUUUAUAAGGCGGUUCGUUUUUUAGUUUAAGAUAGUUGCAUUUAUUUAGUAUUUUAUGAUUAAAUGUAUUUCCUUAAUUUGGGGAAAAGUUUAAUGAGCAAUAUUGUUUUAAAAAAAAUAAUUUGUCACACGAAACAUAAAAUAUUGUUUAAAAUAGACCUCCAGUUUUGGUGAUUUUCUUGCGGUUUUGAGUUUUAACUGAAUUCUUUAAUAUCUCGCUCAUACGUCCGCGUACACGCACAUAUUGUCGUUUAUUCUCAUGAAUGUAAUGGUGAAAAGCACUUUAAAUAAAAUAUAUGUAUAUAUGUGUGUAAA